UAAACCUGUACUCGGUCGAAUCGUAGCUGAUUCACCACUUGUCGUACGUUUUGACAUCUAUCCUGAUCCGCGAAUUUUAGGAAUAAUCUCGUCAGCGAGGUGCGAAGAAUUAUUGUUAUAUUACGAUUCAUACUUACAACCGUGGGCAGGAGCAAUCCCUUCUGCACAAGAAUUAUCAUUACCUGGAACACGUUGAACUUCAACAUUUCUGCUUUCAACGGUUUUAUAUCUUGCUUCGAGAUUUAGCAAUCCAAUCAUAAAUUCACAAGAAGAGCAAGUGUUAGGAAUGCAUAAACGUUCACUUGCAAUACGUGCAUUUGGAUGUGCAGAUCAAAGUUUAGAAACAUUAAUUGCUCUUCAUCUUCUGACCGUUUGGAAAGCUCUUGAUGAUGGUUAUUCUCAAUUGUAUGUAGGAUAUGCAGAUCAAAUUGCAAUCAUAUCUAGAACAGGUGGAAGCAAUGGAAGCCCUUUAUCAGAAAAAGAAGCAAGAGAUAUAUUACGAAUUCAAUUAUUUCAUUACGUUCAAAGGAGUACAUUUCGAUUAUUUCACGUUCCCUUACUGAACGAAUCAAUGGAUCAAGAUGAUUUUGUUCUACCUUUUCCGAUUUCUUCAUCUCCUCCUCCGCCGCUUUUAGCUUUAGAAAGAUUUGCAGCUGGAAAUUCGACCUCAACAUCAGAUUGUCAACUUUGUGCAACUGUUGAGGGUCGUUCGAUUCAAAGUAAAUAUAGAGAUUUACUCGAAAAACAUAAGCCAGGUCCAUUUGGUAGAUCACGUAAUUUAUCUGCUGGUUUUACAUGUCAGUGCAGAAUUAAUAUUCUAACAAAAUGCUCAGAAUCGCAGAAGGAAGAUUCAUGAUGAUCGCAACUUCGUGAUUUCGAUGCUGAUACGUAUGUGUGAGUAUUGGUGAAGAGCAUACUGUUCGGGUAUAG